GGCUGGAGGAGAGACGACAGACCAGGAGGAGAGUGGAUUCAGAGAGCAGCACAUUGUUCACACUCAAGACACUAAUCGGGGUUUACACCAAGGAAUAACAAAACGGAAACACAUUAGAGUGAGCCAGGCUAGUUCCCAGCAGGAUGGCAGCUUACAACUGUUCUUUUGAUCUAAUUAACGAAAAAGGAGAGUGGCUUUGUCCUCCUGGAGGAAAGUGUGCCAAUGUGACCUCAGGCAUGAACAGCAGCCACAUUGAACUGGAUGAUGCAUGUCUGACAGAGGAAGAGUACCUGGAAAAAUAUCUGGGUCCUCGUCGAUCAUCUGUGUUCCUCCCUGUCUGCCUCAUUUAUCUGAUCAUCUUCUUGGUUGGUGUUGUGGGGAAUGUGCUGACAUGCACCGUCAUUGCACGCAACAAGGUCAUGUGGACGCCAACAAACUACUACUUGUUCAGUUUGGCAGUGUCAGACCUACUGGUGCUGCUGCUCGGCAUGCCAUUAGAGCUGUACGAGCUGUGGCAAAACUACCCGUUUCUCUUAGGGAAGGGAGGCUGCUACUUUAAAACCUUCUUGUUUGAGACGGUGUGCCUGGCGUCCAUCCUCAACGUGACGGCACUCAGCGUGGAACGUUACAUUGCUGUAGUGCACCCACUUCGAGCAAAGUAUGUUGUGACACGCACCCACGCCAAGCGGGUCAUCCUCACGGUGUGGGGUGUUUCGGUGUUGUGCGCUGUUCCCAACACCAGUCUGCAUGGAAUCAUCAUCCUUCACAGUCACUUCACUGGCCCUGCAGGAGACAUAAAUGUGGAGAUUCCCAACUCGGCCAUCUGCACACUGGUGAAGCCACGCUGGAUGUACAACCUGACCAUACAGGUGACCACUCUGCUGUUUUUCAUUCUGCCCAUGCUCACAAUUAGCGUUCUCUACCUGCUCAUCGGCCUGCAGCUGAAGCGGGAAAAGCUGCGCCAGGCACUGGAGGCGAAAUCGGGGUUUGGCCAGGACAGCUUCUGUAACAUCCGGACACAGCAGCAGAAGGCACGUCGCCGGCAGGUCACUAAAAUGUUGUUUGUUCUAGUUGUGGUUUUUGGAAUCUGCUGGGCCCCAUUUCACACUGAUCGCCUCAUGUGGAGUUUCAUCAGCGAAUGGACUGACAAUCACCUGGAAAUCUUCGAAUACGUGCACAUCAUCUCUGGAGUGUUUUUCUACCUCAGCUCAGCAGUCAACCCAGUCCUGUACAACCUAAUGUCCACGCGCUUUCGAGAAAUGUUCAAGGAGGUAAUGUGCCACCGGCCGCAUCACAUCACUCCCAGGAAACACUCGCUCAGCGUCACCCGGGUGACGCUUCGCAGCACUCUCAGUGAUGCACCGCUCAGCAAUGGAGCAGCUGCUGUUGAAGCCAUGGUGGAAGACGGAGAGGUGAGAGUGAAAGAUGAGACCAGUUUUUCAUGUUAACACACAAAAAAAAAAACAACUUAAAGGGUAUCUCGAGGUAGACAUAUUAUUGGCAGGGGCAGGAUGGCAUGGUGUUUACAAAGCUGGCCUAUCCUGAGUCAGUACAUCCAUCAGCAGUCAUCAACAUCCACUUGGCACAGGUGCAUCAGCAAAAUACCUAAAGUGGAAGAGUUGCAGAAAAAAGGCAGAAAAAAAUGUUCUGCUGAGGCAGUCAGACUGCAGUUUAUUCUAUUUUUGAAAACUAAACUCACAAUUCAGCAAAUUCUAUACUCAAAAGGCACCUGUAUAAAAUGUGCCCUGGACUCCUAUAUACACUCAUUAAGCUAUAAAAUGAUCUAUGACUGUAUCCGGAGUGACUGACAGCCAGUAUGUGAUGUAUGAAGUCAGUUUUGGUCUAUUUUUUGGUAACCAUUUUAUUCCAAUUGGGACAGUACUGUACAUUUAAAUUAUGCAGUUUACAAAAAUCCUGCUAUUAAAAAUUAAAAGUAACUAUGGGGACCAGUGAAUGCAAAAGUUGUUUCAAGUCAAAACUUAGUUUGUCAUUCAGAGUAUAAUAUGUACAACACAAUGACAGAGUCUUAGCAAAAUGCUUUGAGUGAGUAACAUGAGAAGUAGAAUUAAAUAACUGGAGAUACAAUGUAAAUACAUAUCAAAAUAUUACACAUCUGAACUCGAUGUGAAAAGAAAAACAUGCAUAGCCUUAUGGAUAUUGGAUGAUGUAAAAGCGAAUGUUUUAUUUUAAUCAUGACAUUUUGUGUACAAGGAUAAUUACACUAUAUGUAUAGUAAAUAUUUUUAAAUGUAAAAAUUGCUUUGUUCAAAAAUGCAUAUAUUGACCACUUACAUUGGUGUUGUGCUCAAUGGCUUAACGCUUUUGUAUGGUUCAGCAGUUUUAAAGUGUUUUGUAUUUGGUGCAAAGCUAUGAAAAUGUGACCAGUUUAAAUGAACAGUUAAGUGGAUUUCUUUUGCUAUAAUUGUAACUGUUGAGUUUAAAAGAUAAAUCAAAUAGUUUUUCCAGUGGCAGUGUGUAGAUUGCAUUGAGAUUUGUAUUCUGCUGGAAAUGUUGCUUUCAAAAACUCCAUGUUAUGUUCAUGAGGAACAUACUGAAAAAAGUCAUAAGCCAUAACAAGUGUGUUCUGUUAGUGUCUUACAGUUCAGGUCAAACAUUAUUUACACUCUAACAAGACCAAAUGUUGAAAGGUCACAAAAGUGUCAUAGAGGUGCUUUUGUUAAUAGAAAAAAAAAGGGGGGGGGGGGGGGUUAUUUCCUUAUCAGAUUUGCAAUUUAAUUUGUAGCAUAUUUCUGUACUUGAAAAUUCCUCUCUGUUGGAAAGUUAAACAAAUACUAAAGGACAAAAUAUUGUAAAACAGUAAAAUGUUCUGCCUAUAAUUCAUAUCUUUGUUGAUGUAAGUGUUAAGGGCCCAAAAAAGAAGUUAUUUUAUUUAUUAUAUAUAUUUUUUAACUAAUCGGCCGAUUAAUCAAUUAUCAGAAUUUUUUUUCUGCCAAAUAUCGGAAUCGGUAUCAGCCUCAAAAAAUACAGAUCAGUUGGACCCUACUAAACAGCAUCUUGGCCCUCUCGGUAGGAAAUUUUAAUACAAAAAUCCCCCAAGACAGAACAGUCGACCAACAUACAGUAACAUGCACACUCUGCAGGAAGGAGUUUUCUUUUCACUGAAGCACUUCCAGCUUAAAGUACCACAUUAACGCAAAGCAUGUGUUAGUCGGGGAUUUUAACGUGAACCUUUAAAGGUGUUUAAUAAACACUCUGAGUGUUAAUUAUAUUCUCUUCUUUCUUGAGUCUGUUUGUGCAUGCAAAAUGAAAUGCGAUUAAUUUAGAUGAAAAAAGAAUGAUGUGUAAUCAUGAAUAAUUGAAAUGAAUCCACAGCAACCCUGUGAUUAAUCUGAUUUUUAAAAUUUUGCAUU